AUGCACCCCACCUUUGCUUUGUCUCCCGCUGGAAACCGAGACGUGGUUACCAUGCAAUGGAGGCGCAUCAUUCUAGAGAAGAAACCACACAUUAUUCUAAUGAGAGCCUUCAGGGUCCAUACCAUCACAUGUCAUCUAACAGAGUACAAGAUAGGAAAUGAGUGCUGUCCAAUGUGUCCUCCUGGCAGCAGAGUAAAAACGGACUGUAAGGAGUUCAGAACAACAUCAUGUCUGCGCUGCACAGAUGGGACUUAUAUGGACCUGCCCAAUGGACUGAAGAGAUGCAGUCCAUGUUCUACCUGUGAUUCAGGAGCUGGUCUGAUGGUCAAACAAGGAUGUAGAACAUAUGCAGACACAGUCUGUGAACUAAUGGAGGGGUUCUUCUGUACAGACCCUAAAUCAGGAGGCUGUGGUGUAGCACAGAAACACAGGAGCUGUGAACCAGGACAGUACAUCAGCAAGAAAGGAACAGCCUCCACAGACACAGACUGCUCUGACUGCUUCAGUGGAACAUUUUCUAAUGGGACAAUGUUGUCUUGUCAGCAACACAGACAAUGUGAAAAAGAAAACCUUCAGCUGAUAAAAGCAGGAACAGCUUCAACUGACGCUGAAUGUGGAGAAGAAGGUUCCAAUAUCACAGGAAUAGUGAUCGGUGUGGUGGUGGUUUUAUUCGUUUUAGCAGCGAUUGUUGCUGUUUAUCUUCUCAGGAAAUAUUGGAGGAAGGCAAAAGCAGUCAAUUGCACAAACGACAAAAACCCCAAAGGGAAGACGCAGAAGGAGCAGAACACAGCAAUCGUUUAACAACACCAGGUAAGAUAGAACUUUGUUCUUUACUACAAU